AUUUUGUACAAUUAAGUUAUUAAAAAUUAUGAUUUUACAGUUGACGACAUGGAUGCGCCUAUACAUCCCGGCCCUCGGACGUCGGAUCUAUUAGCCCUACAGCCCCAGCAUAGAUCCGAGUAUAUCUGGGAGGGACAGUUGCUUACUACGACGUUUCGGGCCAGGAGAGUGGAUCUACUAUGGGAGUUUUUGAGUCCUCCCCGCGUUCUACAUCCCCGCGUGGUCCAUCACUUGGAGGAGAUGGGAUUUUAUAGGAUUAUUAGGAUUGGUCGGAUACAGCUCGACUAUGCUUUGAUCACGGCCAUGAUUGAGCGAUGGCGACCGGAGACGCACACUUUCCAUCUUCCCAUUGGCGAGGCCACCAUCACACUCCAGGACGCAGAGAUUUUAUAUGGCCUGUCCGCUGAUGGCUUGCCUGUUUUACUCCCUACGACCAUGAGAUAUUAUCCGCGGGAGGCAUAUUGGGAUAUGCUGCACAUGCUCACUGGUUUCAUGCCGGAGGGCCAGGAGGUAGCGUCUGGGGUCAGUCGCAUACAGUUAGUCCCCAUUAGAGACCACCUGGUGCAGCUCCACGAUACUAUCACCGACGAGUCAGCGGAGGUGGAUGUGCAGCGAUACACGAGGCUGUUGCUGCUCCUUCUAUUUGGGGGGGUCUUGUUCCCGAACACUUCGGGGAACCUAGUGAGCCUCCGUUUUCUGCAUCAUAUCACCCGGUUCGAGGAUACAGCCAGCUACAGCUGGGGUGGUGCUGUCCUCUCAUUUUUGUACAGGCAGAUGUGUCGGGCUUCCAUGGGCACACAGAGAGACGUUUGUGGCUUCCUGCCGCUUCUACAGGUUUGGGUCUAUGAGCGAUUUCUGCAGCUUCGGCCACCUCUACCACAGCUACCGGCUAAUGUAGACAUUCCGAAUCUCCCUCUAGCUUGUAGGUGGGUUAUGCGUCGUAGACUUGAACGAGAGUAUGAUGCCCAUCAUAAUCUCCCCCGCAUCAGGGAUGUCUUGGAUUUGCUGGAGGACGCACAGUUCAUCUGGACGCCGUACAACGAGGAGGUGAUAGGUACCCUGCCAGUGUAUUGUACGUUCGGCCGACAUAUUUGGAGGGCUUUUGUCCCUCUCACAUGCCUCGAUAUUGUGGAGCAUCAUGCCUCAGAGCGGGUUUUUCGUCAGUUUGGCCUGCCGCAGCCUAUACCGACUCCGCCUGCAUGGCAUCCUUUACAUUAUGAGAGGGAUGAUCGGUCUAGGGUGGACGACACAUUUAUUGACUGGCUUAACGCCCAGCUGGCUAUUUGGGACAGGCGAGGUGACUUAAACCCAACUCCGCAGCACUUUCCUAUUGAAGGUUAUAUGGCAUGGUACCGCACUGUUUCCCGACUUUUUAUCGGGAACCCAGUUCAUCAGGCAGAAGGUCGGUACGUCUCAUACGCCGGGAGACACGAGGCUCUGGCGAUUGGAUUGCAUACGGUCUAUCGUAUGGGGCAGCAGAUGCAGAGUUAUGUCCACGAUCCUGUGGUCAUGCAGGACUACAGUCGUCGAUUCAUGGAUUUGGCUGCCCAGACAUUGCAGCGAGCCCGAUCGGAUCAGCGUUUAGCACACGAGGCUGAUUAUAUUGACCCAGCCACGUACCAGCGAGGUCGUGGUAUCCCACGAGGUGGUGGUGCCCGACGAGCUGCUAGUGCCCGACGACCUCGUGCUGCCCGAGGAGGUGGUGUUCAGCAGGGGGGCCAUGAUGCUCCUGACGAUGAUGUUGCUGCUGAUAUGACAGGUGGCAUUCGUGAGACUGACAUGCCAUCUUACAGCCUGGGAAUUUUUGACACUCCAGUGCCAUCACAGAUGACCCCAUCGGGUCAACUAUUGAUCACGGGCUCGGAUUUUCAAGGAGCUGAGUGGGGUAGAUAUUUCCCUGGCCCGUCUACCACUGAUGAGGGUCGACCGACCCGAGAUUUAUUUAGUGGGCGCCGACUGAGUUAUGGCAGCUCUUCACAUGCGCAGGCUUCAUGUGAUGCUGCGACAGAUGACUACAUUCAGGAUCCAGACACGAUUAUGCAUUCUACUGGACCUGACAGCACCAUCGAUACAUGUCAUCCUACGCCGCAUCCGGCUAUAAGGAGAAAACAUGAUGAUGAUGAUCCUGAUAGCGUACCCAGGCGGGAGGGGAUACGCCUCAGGCCGACGGCUACAUUGAGACACACCGGAUGCGGGACACAUUGAGUCGGCCUUCCUUUUUUUUUUA